AUGAACAACUCACCUCUGCUCUGUCUCCCCAGGGAGAUACGAGAUCAAAUCUAUCGCCAUGUCAUGCUCGGCAUUGGUCCAACAUGUCACAAAAGCAGCAGCUGUAAUCCAUCUAUCUACAUUCGAGAUUUUCGCAUGAACCCCUCAUCAGCGAGUCCGAAGACGAACACACCAGAUGUUUGGGCUGUGACAGCCCGCGACCACCCGAUACUAUACACAUGUCGCCAAUUAUGUGACGAAGCCUUUGAGAGUUUCCUGUUCACCAACGAAUUUGUGCAAAACAUCAGCGCACCUCCUCUCACCACCUCGGCCUGCAAAUUCGUGGCGCUGUUCGUUAGAAGCCUGGGAGACAAAUCACAUCUAGUCAGAAAACUAGGCCUUGGCAUUGAAGACCCGACCGAAGACGUACUGGAAAAGCUUCUGGAUUGGAUGAUAAUGUUCAAAAACUGCCAGAAACGCUUGAGACCCGGCGCUCUCGUCCUUCGUGUGAAGUUUACAAGGCCGACCACAACACCACCUCUCUUCUCACCUGUCGGACAAACCUGGACUAUUGCUCCCAAGGACGAGAAUGUUAUGGCUUUGGAAAUUCACCUGUGUGACGAAGGAAAGUCGUGGAGUAUAUUCGAUCAGGCCAAAGAACUUGACCGAAAAGCUCGCCAGCGCGGCACAGAAAGAGUGCUCAAGUCGUGUCGAGACUCGGGUAUGAAGGGUAUAGAAGAGAGAGAGAAGGCAUGGCGGGAAGAAAGAAGACUCUGGCACGAAGAGACCUGGACCGCACUGCAUUACAAGUUCGAAUGCUGGAUGAAGAUCAUGGACGGUUUGCAGCCGAGGAAAAGACUCACUGAGGAAGGCUGA